AAACAUUUUCCUCAUCACAUUGUGUAUAUAAACAAUUUUCCGAGUAGUUUAGAGCUCAUGACCGAACUGAUGAUACAGAGAUGGGGGACGCCAGUACUCAGCAGGCAGAAACCAAGCACUGUGAAACACAAGAAGUCACUACAGAUCAACACAUACAACAGGAAGUCUUGACUAAAGAAAUGAAUCUAUUUCACAGACUUCAUCUUGAAGGCAGACUUAACAAUAAACUGGGAGCUGCUGAUGUUCUUCAGUUAACAUCUGUACAUUCAUUACAGUCCCAUGAGUCUUGUGCUGAAGAGGAGCUGAGUCAGACUUUCAUACAAAAACUACUGAUGAUGAACUACAGAGCAAGAUACAUUAAAUAUAAAGAGACCAAUGAAGAAAGUCACAAUGAACAAGGCACCAAUGACUCAUGUAGACAAAAGGCAGAUUCGGAUGACUUUUUUUUUAAUUUAGGGUCAUUGCCUAAUAAAGGUAUUAGUAAAUCUGAACGAAUCCACCCGAUGGACGUUCAGAUGGCUGUGUUUCAUUGUGCUGAUGGUUUCCUGAAGCAGUUGAUGGUCACUAAACUGUCCCAGUGUCAGUACGCUCUGCCUCUGCUUGUUCCUGAUCCAUUCACACGACAGAUUGAGUUUCCUCUCUGGACAUUCAGACAAAUCAACAAGAGCUGGAAGAAGAGAAACACCAACAAUGAGACCAUCAGUCAAACCUAUCCGGUCUACAAGGCACAAACUCCAAUGGUGUCUUUCUUCAGGUUUGGCUCUGUGUCUUCAUCCAAGUCUCAGCUGAUGAACAGUCUGAUCAAUGAGAAACACGACACGUUCUUCCACAGGAACUGUCCAGGCAGCAGCAGAACCAGAGUCCUGAUGGAUGGAGUGGUGGAGAUCGCCUGGUUCUGCCCCUCUGGAUCAUGUGAUGAUAAAUUCACGGACUGUGUUGCGUUCUCUAAUCUACACGGUGAUGCAGGAGAUCAUGAGAAACAGCUGAAGAUCCUCACUGAAAUGGCCUCAGUCAAUGUUGUUCUUCUACCACAACUUCAGAAGAAAGACAAAAACAUGAUAAAACUUCAACAACUCUACAAGGACUCAAAGCCACUCAUUUGUCUUUUUACUGAUGAUGAUACAGCUCUAACGGUGAGAGGAAAAAAAUAUAGGAUUGGUCUGAAAAACAGAAAUCAGUCAGAUGUGUCUGAAGAACUCAAAAGAGCUAUAAAUGAGUGUCUCUCAGAAUCAUCUUCCACUUUCAGACUUGAAGAUUUGUCCAAACACUCAACAGACAUCAGAGUAGAUGAGGAAGAUGAUGAAGACUGCAGGAGAGGAAGAGAAGCAGCACAGCAGAUGAUGAGUUUACUGGAGAAGAAAGAUCUGAUAGAAAUUAAAGACUCAUUUCUGCCUCAUCAGGGGAAACUGUGGCAUCAGUGGAGUCAGAAGAACAAAGAACUACAUCGACCUCGAGCAAAUGAGACAGAAAUGGAUAUCAGUAGAAAACUAACAGAGAUGAAGAAAAUGCGUGAACAGCAACAUGAAUCUGACAUCAGUGAGUUUAUGAAGUUCUUCAUUAAGGAAAUCAACACAGAUACUGGAGAUAAUAUGUAUUUUAUUAAAUGGCUCGGAAUCAUCCUGGAUGAAUAUAUCUCAGCUGACCUUUCUGAUCUACAUCGUAAGUAUAAUGAAAAAUGGUCGGUAGUCUUAAAAAUGAAAGAGAGUGAUGAAUCUGAACAACUGACAGCUGAACAAGCAGAACUUGAGAGAAUAUCUGAGGAUCUUCAAACUGCAGGCUUUGGUUUGGAGCACAUCAUGAGGGAGAUCGGUCAGAUCUACGAAUCAUGUUCAUCUGUGGAGAAGAACAAGAAAGAUCUGCCGUUUGACUUCUCUUCUCUCCCGAGUCUCGCAGCAAAGAUGAUGAUCUCUGGAUUUCCACUGGAGCUGAUGGAUGGAGAUGCUGCUCAUGUUCCUGUGAUCUGGAUCUCUGCUGUUCUAGAUAAACUCAUCCAGAAACUGGGAGACCAGAGAGUCUUUGUGCUGUCAGUUUUAGGGAUUCAGAGCUCUGGGAAAUCCACCAUGCUGAAUGCCAUGUUUGGACUGGAGUUUGCCGUCAGUGCUGGCAGGUGCACCAGAGGAGCUUUCAUGCAGCUGGUCAAAGUCUCAGACGAGAUGAAAACACAGAUGAACUUUGACUAUAUUCUGGUUGUUGAUACUGAGGGUCUUCGUGCUCUAGAACUGGCUGGAAGAUCAACAAGGCAUCAUGACAAUGAAUUGGCCACAUUUGUUGUUGGUCUUGCAAAUAUGACCUUGAUCAACAUCUUUGGUGAAAAUCCAUCUGAGAUGCAGGACAUUCUUCAGAUUGUUGUUCAGGCCUUCCUGAGGAUGAAGAUGGUCAGACUGAAUCCCAGCUGUGUGUUUGUGCAUCAGAACGUUUCAGACAUCACGGCUGGAGAGAAAAACAAGGAGGGAAGGAGACGACUGCUGCAGACACUAGAUGAGAUGACAAAACUUGCUGCAGAAGAGGAAGUCUAUGAUGCAGAAUGUUUCAGUGAUGUCAUUGAAUUUGAUAUUCAGAAAGAUGUGAAGUAUUUCGCUCAGCUCUGGAAGGGAAACCCACCAAUGGCACCACCAAACCCAAACUACUGUGAGAAUAUUCAAGAACUAAAGAAAACUAUUGUGUCUCACGCAUCAAAUUCAGAUCAAACGAUGCUGAGAGACUUAAAAGAUCGUAUUAAAGAUCUCUGGGAGGCUUUACUGAAUGAACGAUUUGUCUUCAGCUUCAGAGAUUCUCUGGAGAUUUCAGCCUACAGGAAACUGGAGACCGAAUACAGCAAGUGGUCCUGGAGUCUUCGCAGUGCCAUGAUGGAAACUGAGAACAAACUACACAUCCAAAUAGAAAAUGAAGCAACAAAUGAGGUUGAGGAAACCAAUCUUCAAACAGAACUGAAGAAGACAAGAGAUGAAGUGGAGAAAUCAAUGUCAGAAUUUUUUGAGAAAGACAAAGAUAAAGAUAUACUGAUUCAGUGGAAAACAUCAUUUGAAAUCAAAAUCAAAGAGCUUCAGGAAAACAUUGUGAGAGAAACAAAAAAGAAAUUAAAUGGGAUUCUUCAACAGCGAGACCUGAAGAAAAAGAUUGACGCUCAGAGGAAACAUCAUGAGAACGCUCUCUAUGAAAAGAGCAAAGAACUUCCCUUAAAACUCAAAGACAAUGCACAAGAUGAAGAAACACUGAAGAAAGAGUUUGAUUUGUUUUGGGAACAGAAUGUUGAUAGCAUUGUUUCAGACACUCCUUCAAUCAAAUACAUUGACAUAAUGAGAGAUCUGAGAGAGAUCCUCAAUGAAGUCUAUGAAAGUGCCCCUGUAGACCACAUUAAAGAGAACAGUGAGUACACCAAUAUUUUCACUGUGUCGAGUUAUUGUGAAUAUGUCAUUUUCAAAAAGUCCACAAAAAAGGGGUUUAGAGUGGCUGCAAAGGGUGCUUACAGAAAAUUUAAAAAAGCAUUUGGAUACAUUCAAACAUUGUCUCCAGAGAAGGAAGCUCAAAUCAAGUCAUUAAUCACAGAUGUUGACCAGCAGACAGACAAGAUGAUUCAGUCAUUUAACAUUUCAAAGAUGGGCUACAACAUCAGCUGCAUUAAACAACUCAUAGAUUACAUCAAGGAGAGAGUAACACAACAUCAGGAAGAAUCAGAGAAAUAUGAGUUCAAGAAUGAAUUCUUCAUUGAUUUGGUUCUUUCCAUCUGUGAGAAAGCAAACGAGACGAUCACUGACCAACACAGACUGUUUAAGGAAGCCAAUGAUCCUGCGAUAUAUAUUGAAAAAAAGAGAGAAGAAUACUAUAGUAUUUUCCAGAAACAAUGUCAUGAAGCAACAUCUGGUGCUAUUUUUGGAAAGAUCAUCUGUCAGAAACUUAAAGAGUCCAUUGAACAGAGUGUCUACAAGAAGACUGCCAGAGAUCUGACGUAUGAAAUAAUGAAAAACUGUGAAUCUCUGAAAGGAAACAGAUUGAAUAUAGAAAAACACAUCCUGAAAACACUGGCAGAAGAGGAGGAUUUUGUCAAAUACAUGGAUUACAUUAUUUAUCCUAGCCAGCACUUCAAGAGUUUCAUCAGAGAUGAAGUCAGUCGGUACAUCACUGAUAAGUUCAGUGUCAGUGUAUUACCUAAGAUGGAGAAGAACAUUAAACUCCUGCAGCAGAAGAUCAUGAACGCAGCACAUGAAUCUACUGAACAUGUUCAAGAGAACAGAGGAGAUGUUGGUUUGUGGUUGAAGAGUUUCACACAGCAGCUCUCAGACGUGCUGAUCUUCUCUGAAAAAGACCUCAGUGGAGUCAAACAUGAUAGUGUUGAGGAUUUCAACCUCCUAGAAGAUGUGAUAAGAAAAGAACUUCCUGAUAUAAUGUCAGACAUCAGCAAGAGAUUCAACACAAACACAUUCCCAUCAAAUCUGGACUACAAGAUCAGGCCAGACACGAUUCUGAUUGGUCACUUCUGUCAGUGCUGUUGGGUUCAGUGUCCAUUCUGUGGAGUCACCUGCACCCACACCACAAAAAACCAUUAUGGAGAUCACAGGGCUCCCUUCCAUCGUAGUAUUGGUCUGAAUGGAAUAUAUUACAAUAAUACAUCCAACUUGUCUACUUAUAUCUGCACAUCAGCAGUAGGAAACAGUAAUCUACAUUUUCAUCCCAAUGAUUCAGAUGAUAACUUCCUCUGGGGAGAUUAUAGAACAGCAGGAGGAGUUUAUGCAGACUGGAGCAUCACUCCCGAUCUCUCUGAGCUGCCCUACUGGAAGUGGUUUGUGUGCAGAUUCCAGAAAGAUCUUGAAACAUACCACAAAAAAACUUUUGAGGGGGAAGGAGAGAUUCCAUAUGAAUGGAGAAAAUACUCAAAAAAGGAAGUUAUUGAGAGUUUGGAUCAAUGAACAAGUAAAAUAAGUUUCAUUUGACUCACAGAACACUUUGAAAUUAUUACUAUUGAUCACUUUAGUGAGUCUGAAAUCAUAUGAACCUCAGUGCACAGAAUACACCAGGGAGAUGAGUUAAAUAUUUGAAGUGUUCUGUUUUAAAAGUAUAUUCCUCACAUCAGUAUCUGUCAAGCGAUCUCUACUUAAAUUAUCUGGUCCAGACAGCUCUGAACUCAAUUUUUUUUUCACUUCCUACUUAAAAUAACUGAAAUGCAGCUCAAUCAACCCAUCCUUCAAAUCAAGUCACCUUUAUUAAUACAGCGCUUACAAUACCUUCAAAGCAGCUUUACAGUUAUAACAGGAAAACAAUGCAACAAAAGCCUAAUUGUCAUUUGAGACAAGACACUGGCAAAUAAUUAGCAUUUUUUUCAGUGUCAUCUUAUUUUAGUUCGAUUUCAUUUCAUUUUAGAUUUAGGUUAGCAUUUUAUGUGCCAAAGUUAAUUGUUUAAAUUAAGUUUUUGACAUUUGUUGUGGAGGAACAAGCAAUCAUUACCACAAAAAGCGUGAACUGUACAGCCACUGCUUACUUAAGUCCUGAGACAGUUUUGUACACCAAUGCCUCCUUUAAAGGCAAGGAAGUCAAGGAUACUUCGGGCUCGGCUCAAAGAUUAUGUGAACUUGUGAUUUAAGAUUAUUUAAAUAUGUUUAACACUAAGCCGCUCUUUAAUACAGUUAUAACUAUGCAGUGGCAAUGAAGGGGGGAUGUGAAGGUUCUAAACUUAUGGAAAUACAAUAUACUCUGUAUCAUAAUCAAAAACUAUUAUGUUGUCAUUUUUAUUUUAGAUAUAUUUGGAGUUAUUAAAAUGGCUAAUUUACUUUAAAGUUAACCUGAAUAAAAAGUAUAAAAACACAAAUGUGAUUUCCAAUGGUACUUUCAGUACUAUCCAAUAAACUCCUACAAAUGUA